CCCAUCUACAACAACCACAUCCACCUUACACAGUACCUUCAAUUACUUCAAAGCCAUAUCUACGAUCACAUCCACAACUACACAAUCCCGAAACACUAUCAGCUCUCCACCCUGAUACAACCUCCACAACACAACAAUGGGCGACAUCCUCACCCAAAUCCAAGACGAGCUCGACAUGCUCCUAAACCAAAUGUUCAUAACCCUCCGCUACAUCCAAACCUCCUCCCCCUCCGCCCCAAUAACAGGACAACCCACCCUCCCCCCCCUCGCCUCCGACCCCUCGCAACCCGACCCCAACACCAAUCCCGCCAACCCCCCCACGACAUCAAAGGCAGAAUUCACACACCAGAUCGCCGAGUUCGCGCAAGACAUCGUGACGAAAGAGCAGCAGCUCGAGAUACUGUUCGACGCGCUGCCGGGCAUGGGGAUUAGUGAGAAGGAGCAGAGGGAGAGGAUGGAGGCGCUGCAGGGGGAGUUGGAGGGCGUGGAGGAGAAGAGGAGGGAGGCGGGGGCUGUGCGGGAGGGGUUGGUGGAGAAGGUGGAGAGGGGGAUUAUUGGGGUUAGGGGGGGUUGAUGGGGGGAUUGCGCUGGGCGGUCGAUUUGAGAGGCGGAGGUGGAGAAGUCGUUAUACCCUGGGGAUUUUUGGCUGUUUUGGGGAGGGGAUUGGAUGUGUACUUCAUGUGGUGUGGGAUGGGUGCGAUAUGGUAUGGCAAGGUCACCAACAAUCCCAGCAAUG